CCGAACGGACUAUCCUUGAGACAUGUCAACGGGUUGCUCAGUGUCACGUGUCAACUACUUCUUCAACAUCUCAAGGAUGCUUUGCAGCUUUGCGCCCUUAUUACGUCUUGGCAGCUCAUCAACUGCUAUGCGCUUAUUGUGCACCGGUGCCCCGGCCAGCCCGCCCAGUCCUGGCGGUGGGCUUGCUGUCGGCGCUAGCGCCCCGCCGUCACCGCCACCCGUGCUGCUGCAGUCCGCUGCCGCGGUGGCGCCGGCAGCUGUCUCCGCCCUGCCCAGUGCUGCGACCUCCAAGUCCGCGCCGGGCCCGCCUGCGCGCUGCAGUGCUUCGGCCAGCCCGCCCAGUCCUGGAGGUGGGCUUGCUGUCGGCGCUAGCGCCCCGCCGUCACCGCCACCCGUGCUGCUGCAGUCCGCUGCCGCGGUGGCGCCGGCAGCUGUCUCCGCCCUGCCCAGUGCUGCGACCUCCAAGUCUGCGCCGGGCCCGCCUGCGCGCUGCAGUGCUUCGGCCAGCCCGCCCAGUCCUGGCGGUGGGCUUGCUGUCGGCGCUAGCGCCCCGCCGUCACCGCCACCCGUGCUGCUGCAGUCCGCUGCCGCGGUGGCGCCGGCAGCUGUCUCCGCCCUGCCCAGUGCUGCGACCUCCAAGUCCGCGCCGGGCCCGCCUGCGCGCUGCAGUGCUUCGGCCAGCCCGCCCAGUCCUGGAGGUGGGCUUGCUGUCGGCGCUAGCGCCCCGCCGUCACCGCCACCCGUGCUGCUGCAGUCCGCUGCCGCGGUGGCGCCGGCAGCUGUCUCCGCCCUGCCCAGUGCUGCGACCUCCAAGUCUGCGCCGGGCCCGCCUGCGCGCUGCAGUGCUUCGGCCAGCCCGCCCAGUCCUGGAGGUGGGCUUGCUGUCGGCGCUAGCGCCCCGCCGUCACCGCCACCCGUGCUGCUGCAGUCCGCUGCCGCGGUGGCGCCGGCAGCUGUCUCCGCCCUGCCCAGUGCUGCGACCUCCAAGUCUGCGCCGGGCCCGCCUGCGCGCUGCAGUGCUUCGGCCAGCCCGCCCAGUCCUGGAGGUGGGCUUGCUGUCGGCGCUAGCGCCCCGCCGUCACCGCCACCCGUGCUGCUGCAGUCCGCUGCCGCGGUGGCGCCGGCAGCUGUCUCCGCCCUGCCCAGUGCUGCGACCUCCAAGUCCGCGCCGGGCCCGCCUGCGCGCUGCAGUGCUUCGGCCAGCCCGCCCAGUCCUGGAGGUGGGCUUCCUGUCGGCGCUAGCGCCCCGCCGUCACCGCCACCCGUGCUGCUGCAGUCCGCUGCCGCGGUGGCGCCGGCAGCUGUCUCCGCCCUGCCCAGUGCUGCGACCUCCAAGUCCGCGCCGGGCCCGCCUGCGCGCUGCAGUGCUUCGGCCAGCCCGCCCAGUCCUGGAGGUGGGCUUCCUGUCGGCGCUAGCGCCCCGCCGUCACCGCCACCCGUGCUGCUGCAGUCCGCUGCCGCGGUGGCGCCGGCAGCUGUCUCCGCCCUGCCCAGUGCUGCGACCUCCAAGUCCGCGCCGGGCCCGCCUGCGCGCUGCAGUGCUUCGGCACCCCCGCCCAACCCGCCGCCCGCACAGCCAACGGGCUUCUGUGCACAUGUGCUGCAGCUCCAGCGGCCCAUCGGCACCGCCGUGAGAGGGGGUUCAUGGCAGUUCACGUGAUAGCAGUCGUUGCAGUCAUCGCAAAAUACCAUGUCA